ACAAGUAUGGACAAUCAUUGAUGUAUUUUUCAAAUUAGCUAAAAGAAAAGUUACUUGUUUUCAUCAUAUGUUUUGAUUAUUGAAUUCUUAAGAUGGAUUUUAUUUUAAUUUUCAAAAUGGAUAGUGAGUGACCCGUUGUAAACGAGGAAAAAGGUCUUUGAUUUGUAAUACAGGAACUGUUUUUACAUGUGAUUAAGGCGAAGAAGAUGUUCCCCUUGGGGAAGGUAUUGGUGCUUUUGAUUUUAGUAUGUUCAUCAAUAGCUACUAGAUCUUUCAGGAAGUUAAUACUGAGUGUUGAGCCAAAUCCUGCCUUAAUUCAUAUCAACGCCCCUCGAGGUACCCCAAUUCUUUCCAUCACUGGUUACGAUGCCGCUACUGGACAACGGCUAGAACAAGUACAGAUAACCAAUACACCUGAUGCUAAAUAUUUCACUCUCAAAGACCCAGUAGCUGGAGACAACAAGUGGUACUUAUACUCAAAACAGUUCAUGAACAAACCACUAAAUUAUGUAUUUCGAUUUCGUGUUUACGGGACUCAUCAAGGAACUGUACAAGACCGGGAGAUUAAAAUAAAAGUCAGUAAACCCAACUUAUAUCCACCGGUCUUUGAAAACCAGACGUAUGAAUUUAUCGCUUACAGGAAAUCAGCUGAUUUGGAUAUCCAACUUGUCGGAACUGUGAAGGCGAAUGACGCUGAUUUUGAAAUGUACAAUUCAAAAUUUGAUUAUUUUAUUUUUGAUACACAGGUCUUAGGACUGUUUAAUGUCGAUUCUUCAGGAAAGGUUAUCAUUGUAUCAAAACAAAAUUUUCCAAGCAAUGCAGACUCUUACACUUUUAGCAUUGUCGCCAUUGAUGCCGGUUCGCCCCAGAAAAUGAGCAACAUCACAGUAAAUGUUAAAAUCUCAGAUAUUCCACCUCCAGAUAUAUUUUGCGUAUCCGUUGAAGGAGUAAAAGCCAAAUUCUGCUGGAAAGAUCCAACACAUGGACAGUUCGUUAACAAUUACCAAUUACAGUUUACUGUUAACGAUAAGAACAUAACAACACGUCCCGUCGCAAUCCAUGGGAAACGCAAUGAGAUCUGUACCAGUGUUAGUGGACAACACAUGGAAAGAUCCUACAGAUUCACCGUACAAAUCUUCAAUGGAACUGAUAGGAGUCCUGCAAGUGUUCAAAGAUUUGUAAACAUUUCAAAACCGGGUUUAUAUGGGGAUUGUCUAAACUUUAGUAACUGCAGUAUAUGGAAGCCAUGUAAACAUGGCAAGUGUUUGACAAAGAAGGACAUGUCGUAUGAAUGCGAUUGUUUCCACGGAUGGAUUGGUAGAAAUUGUACAGUUAAAGAUCCAUGUCUUCCUUCCCCUUGUAUGAAUAAUGGACAGUGUACCAGGACAGAAAACAAUGGAUUCAAAUGUCGAUGUGCGCAUGGAUAUUUUGGAAAAUACUGCCACCAAAAGGACAGUUGUGUUGGUGAUCCUUGUUUAAAUGAAGGGUCGUGUUCAUCAAAACCUGAUGGAAGUUACGAAUGUCAUUGUCGACCUCAUUUUACAGGGCAACAUUGCGAGGUUACAGAUCCAUGCAGUCCUAGCCCUUGUAAUCACACCGGUUUGUGUCAUAGACUAACAAACACAGAAUAUGUGUGUUCUUGUUUACAAGGUUACUAUGGAGAUGAUUGCGAAAAUAUAAAUAAAUGUGAAUUACACAAUCCAUGCAAAUCCGGUUGGUGUGUUCAUAUUGACCAUAACCAAUUCAACUGCACAUGUUACAAAGGCAGUUCAGGGAAAUAUUGCAAUAUAACAGACGACUGCAUGAUAAAUACGUGCAAAAACGGUGCGACGUGUGUUCCAGUUCACGGAAAUAAUGUCAAGAAAUACGACUGUCAAUGCAGCCGUGGUUACCAUGGGGAAGAAUGUCAGCAUUAUGAUCCGUGUUCGAGCAAUCCUUGUCAGUUUGGCGGAGUCUGUCGGGCGUUGUCCGACCAACUUUACCGUUGUGAAUGUAAACAGGAGAGAUAUGGAGAGAAUUGUCAAUUUGUAGAUGGAUGUAAGAUUCACAAAUGUGGCAAAAAUAUGGUUUGUCAGAACACAUCAUUGACUGGCGCUGUUGAGUGCUUGUGUAACUCUUCGCCCUGUAGACAAGGUGGAACGUGCACAAUAGGCUAUAAUUCUCAACCGUAUUGCAAAUGUAAGAGCGGUUACAGCGGCACAUCGUGCGAGAGGUCAUGCACUCGUGAUUCUUGCCUGAAUGAAGGCACUUGUGAAAUAAUAGAUGGAUCUUAUGAAUGUGUUUGUCCAGAUAAUUUCUUCGGAACACGAUGUGAGAAUUAUGAUUUCUGCAAUGCUACCAGAAUGUGUAUUCGUGGUGCUAGAUGUCAACUAACACAGAAAACCUACCAUCACCUAAUAGUGAUUAACCAAACUAUGACGGCCAAUGUGACAAAUUGGUACACAUGUUCUCAUUGUCCUGUAGGUUAUACAGGUGUCCGGUGUCAGUUCAAAACAGAUCCAUGCGAUCAUAAUCUUUGUGGGGCUGGCGUUUGCCAGAAACAAGGAAACAGUUAUAUUUGUAUUUGCCCAGAUAAUACUAGACAAAGGAGAUGUAGUGACGAUUCAUGCCCAGAUGAUAGUAAAUAUCAUGAUAAAAGUGGACGAUAUGCUUGGCCAGAGACAAAAGUGGGAUAUUUUGCAAAAUCAGUAUGUCCACAUGGCAGUACAACAACGAUAGACGAAGUAUUUCGUAUGUGUCGAGUAGACUCUAGAGGACUACCAAAAUGGGCGACACCAAGCACAUCGCACUGCAAACAGUUGACUGCAUCUGAAGCUGAUAUGGCACUGAGAAAUCUUGUUGCAUACACAGGAGAUGGCGUCCAUCUGACGUCACAGGAAGUUGCUAAUGUAACCAAUCAACUUGAAGGAUUAGCAGCGUAUGCUGUAGACGAUGUUAAGAUUGCCAAAGACAUGACCAUGGUUAUCAGUAACCUUCUCGAAGCCAGAGAAUCGGUGUUGAUAGAGAGUAACCAUAACAACCAUUCUAGUGAAAGAUUGGUUGAAUUGUUGCACGAGUAUACAGAAGAUGUACCAAUGAACACCAACUCAAAUGCUACCAUUGAGACAAAGAACAUUAAUAUCAUGGUUGUCAAUCAUUCAUUAACCGAUAAUCAUGAAGAUUUUCACUACCAACCAUAUCUUUCGGAAAACAGCUCAUUCGAACAGGGUGGGGUUAGCAUGAUUGUGCCUGCGGAUGUUAUGCGACAGACAAAAGAAUCCAACGUCCGAUUACAUUUCAUAGCAUACAGAACCUCAGCCUUUUUCAUACCGGAAGUUGCUGCGCCAGAAGAAGUAGUGCUCAAACAGAGAGUAGUAACUGCAGAAAUAAAAGGGAAAACUAUAGCGAAUUUAUCAACUCCUAUUAGAUAUAAUGUUGUCAACAUGGAGAAUGGUAGAAAUCAUACAUGUGUAUACUGGAACACUACAGACUGGUCUACACAAGGAGUAUACACAGUUUCAACUGGUGGAAACAAAACAGAAUGUCACACUACACAUCUGACAAGUUUUGCUAUCUUAAUGGAUCCAGUUCCAUCAUACGAACUUGAUGAAGUACAUGACAAGGCUAUGACUUACAUCUCAUAUAUCGGUUGUGCCGUAUCUAUAUUUGGAUUGGCUGUUACCAUAGUAACAUAUAGCAUGUUUAGAUCGUUGAAUAGAGAAAAAUCUAGCAGAAUUCUAUUAAACAUGUGUGUUUCUAUGCUUCUAAUGAAUGUAGCCUUUUUAAUGAUGGCCGAGACUACGAAGUCGGAAAGUUCUGCUCUUUGUACAACCAUAGCAAUACUUCUCCACUACUUCUUAUUAACAUCAUUGAUGUGGAUGUUGACAGAAGCUAUAAAUAUGUAUCAUGCUUUGAUAACUGUAUUCACAACAUAUUCCUCACAGUUCAUACUGAGACGUUGUGUCAUAGCAUGGGGCAUACCAUUACUUGUUGUGGCUAUUACUAUGGGUAUCAACAAAAUGGACAAUUAUAACUCAAAAACGGAUUUUUGUUUUAUAUCUCAUGCAAGCACAAUUGCAUUUUAUAUUGCCCUUCUUGGACCUGCCUGUUGCAUUCUGAUCAUCAAUACCGUCGUCUUUACUUUGGUUGCGAGGGUAAUUUUAAAACCAAAGUUCAGAGGUCAUCCAAAUGGAGGAAGAAGGGAAAAAGUUACGCCUACUCAGGUUCGUGGGGCAUUCACAGUAAUGGUUCUUCUUGGAGUUACUUGGGUUUUUGGACCUGUAGCAAUCAACGAAUCAAAAAUAGUUUUUAAUUAUAUUUUUGUGGUGUUAAACUCUUUGCAAGGAUUUCUAAUAUUUGUCUUCCGCUGUUUGUUGAAUACAGAAGUGCGUUUAUCCUGGCUAUAUCUACUGAAGACUGGAAAGUUCAAGAGAAGAAGAGGCCCAAUACCAUCCACGACAGAUUCUUCUUCGUCUUCAAAAGCUUUACAUGACUCAAAAAUAAACAAUUGUAGUACCAUUGAUAGCACUGUUGACACAAAUAGUCCUCAUAGUCCCCGAAAUUCAGUUCUGAAUGGCAAUGGACGGGAAAGUAACGGGUUCAGUGAAUAUGACAAGAACAAAAAUAAACAAAAUGGGUUAGGACUAGACAACUUCACAAAGAUAUGAACUUCCAGUAGUAUAUUUUCGAAAGAAAAGAUAGUUAAAUCUGUCUCAGAAAUCAGAAAAAUGUCGCGCGUGAAUUGUAACCGGUCGUUAAUGUAGUUUGAAAUAUGAAGGAGACAGAAAAUAUAGUUCAGUUCUUUUUUGUAAUCACCAAUCAAAGUGAAAAUAUGAGCGUGUCAAACUGACUUGAGCAUUAAAGAUAGCAAUACGUAUUGACAAUCAGUAAUGAACUCUGACCUUAUGUUAGUAAUACGAGUUGUUGAUUACGAUACAGUUGGGAAAGACUUCAUGAUAAUUUACCUAUUAAUUACAUACUAUACAAUUUAACAGCUUUAUUAAGGAAAUAUAUGAUAAUAAACUAUAGUUUAUUCAUAGUAAACAAUUUUAUUUAGCCAGUGAUGCAGAACAGAUAUUUGAUGAUUGAAAACACAAUGAAAUAUUAUGGAGAAUAUAGCAGAUGCCAGAUAGACUUAGUAAUAGGAAUACAUUUCCUAAGUCCCUGUCUUGCCAAAUUGUGAUAUCUUGUAAUAUAAAUUGUCCCUAAUUGAUAGAUAGAAAAAUCUUGUUUUUAUUUUCUUUCCAACACAUGCAUGUUUUUGUUAUCAUUUGAUUAGUGUUCUUCGUGUUUUUGUCUUUUUUUACCAUUUAGAUUUAUUUAAAUACGAUUUUUUAUAUUUCAUUCAAAGAAAUGUGCAUUAUUUGAAUCCGGCAACAAGGCAUUGUUUUUAUGCUUGUAGUUUUAUGUAUAGCUAAAAGAUUUUUAGUUAACUAGACAUCCAUUGUAGUUGUAGAUCAAUUUGUGUUUUUCCUCCAGAUGGCUUUCAAUUCGUCCACUUUGUAUUUGAGUCAAUCAAUACCCAGGAUACUGUAAAUUUGGAUAAGAGUAAUAAUUAAUAUUUAAUGAUACAAAUUAUUCAUAAUAGACUGCACACAAUUGUUAUAUGUAAUUGCUUAACAAAUAUGUAUGAAAUAUUGUACUUUUAUGAUAAUUUAUCUAAGUUUGUAUCUUCUUGGGUGAACCCCUCACACACUCAGUAAAUAUUCUUAUUGUGUGUCUCUGUGUGAUCCAGAGUGUACCCUCUUAUUCUGUAGAUACCUUAAUUCGAUAAAUGAAGAAAAAAAUAUUUAGAAAUAUAUCCAUUAAUGUUUUGUCUACAGUACUAUCAGUCAUACGUUUCUAUUUUAGAUGUGUUCAAGAGACAAAAAAGUACUGCAUUUUGGCAUUAGAACUUUUGUUCGAGACAAAAAAGUACUGUAUUUUGGCAUUAGAACUUUUGUUCGAGACAAAAAAGUACUGUAUUUGGGCAUUACAGCUUCUUUGAAAAUAACUCAAAUAAUUUAUUUUUAGAUAUACAUUCAAUUAUGAAUCAUUCGUUAUCAGUCACAAAUUUGCGAAUUCUCGACACUUAAUAUGUUUGAUAUUAUAACUGAAUAACCAUUUGCAUAUUUUCAUACCCCUACAUUUUUUGCAUGCUGGAUAUUAUAUUUGAAAUGUUUUCGAAUUCAGAUCAUUAUUUUUAAUUGAUGUAUAAAUAAGCAUUUUUUUCUGUUUCAUUCAAUCAUAUGAAUACUCAAAACAAAUGAUUCUAUUUCUUUAAAAUGAAUUUAAAAAAAUAACAAAAAUAAUCAAUGAAUGCAUCCCAUUGAAUACAGAAGUAAUAUUUUGCUAAUCAAUAUUACUCAUGUGUUAUUGAAUUUAUAGCUUACAGUGCUGUCAGCGUAUUUUAAAAUGUUCCUGCGUUUUGAACUAAGAUUGGUAGUUGUAAUUUUAUUAUCAAGGAUAGAGAAGAAAUGGAGUUUGAAAUUAUGGAAAAUACAUUUUGUUCUAGUCUGGUGAAAGUAGAUUUUUCAUUUUAUAAUGACUAUCGAUUAGUUGGCUAUUUGAAUUUAGCCACUGUUUUUAUAUCCUUUAAAUUAUAGUUACUUUUAUUUUUUUAAAGAAAAUCAUACCAUGUGCAAUAUUUAAGUGUUGUUUUCUUUUUCUAUGAGAAAAUAUAAAAAACAAACUUCACACAAAAAGAUGUUUGAUACUUUCAUUACAUCACUGGUUAAAAAAAAUUACCUAAAAUUAUAAGUAUAAUUAAAAAUGUAUUUAUGUUCAAGUUUGUAAAAUUGAAUCAAAGUGACAUUUUACAGAAUUUAUUAAAAUUAAUAUAUUGUAUGCAGAUCUCACACUUUCAGCGUAUCUUUCAUAUUUAUUAUUUAUAUAACGAGACAUCUACAAAUCAUAAUUUCAGUUAUGCAAUAGAAAUCUAUUUAGCACAUCAACCGGUGUAUAUAAUCGUCAUAAACUAUUAACUAUUUAAUUAAAUUCACAUUUAGCAUGUUUAUGCACAGUCAUGGUGUGCAUCUACUACUUGGGUAUGUUUAAGUCUAGGCUUUUGAUCCCUUAUCUCACCCUUUCAUUUAUUUUCCAUGUUGUGCAAUCAUACCUGGUCUGAUAACACAAUUAUCACCCUUAGAUGUGGGUGUCUACAAUGUUGUCUUUAGUGUGGACAGUGUAUUAUAUGUUAUUAUUACCAGCACCUUCCGAUUUUAUUUGUUCAUGAUAAAUGCAUACAAUGCAAGUAGAGGAUAAAAUUGUAUGUUAAAUGAUUGGUAAAAAGGUUAAGUAGUGAUUUGUUCCAGUUUUUAAAAAUAAAAAAUAAGUAGGCCUGCUGGUGUUAGAUUGAAUUCAAGGCCCCUUUAGCAUAGCGUUGUCUAUAUUUUGAUUUAGAGACGAUGAAGUUUUCUCUAAUUUUGAUAUAAUGUGUCCUAAAAGUAGUAAACUGAAGAAAAAAAUAUUUAAAAAACGCAUUGAUUUUUUUUAAUUGUAUAAUAUAGUUCUUUAAAAAUACACAUCAAAUUUAUUGUGUUAUCAGAUCAACUAUUCAUGUAUGUUAACAUAACUAAAAUAAUAAAAAUAUUAUCUAUGUGCUAUAAUAAACAAUUAAUGUUUUUCUAUUUACCUUGUCGUUCGAAUGGAGACGGAAGAUAGUCUUACGAAGUGAAUUUUCAUUUGUGAUAUUUUGGUAACCUAAUUGAACUAUGACUUCUGACAAACAAGUUGACAUGAAUUCAAAGCAGUUUUUUUUUCUUCAUAUUUACUCAUGUUGUUUUCUGAAGAAAUUGUUAAAUUUCUUUAUUUCAUUUCAUCUUUUUUUCAAAUCCAAUCUAAACAUUUAUCAUGCUAUCUUAGUUUUCUACGCAUCAUACUUUUGUUUAGAAAGUAUUUCUUUGUAUCGUCUAUAGAAAAUUUUUAUCUAUGCCCAAGGUAUCAUUUUCAUUAUUAGUUUGAUAAGUGCAUUCUCAUUAGUGUCACCUGCAUUCGAUGUUAUCGUAUAAUUUAUUGUUAUAUACUUAAACAUGUUAAAAUACAAUAAAAUAUCAUUGUAUAGAACUGUGUUACUAAACUUAUUAAAAAAAACUGAUAUAAAACAUUCAGUCAA